AUGUGUUUUUUUCAUGCUUUCUAUGAUCAGGGCUCUUUUGAGAAGAGUUUGAAUGCCACUUUUAUUGCUCUUAUUCUAAAGAAGGGAGGGGCGAUAGAUGUUCAGGAUUUUCGUCCUAUUAGCUUAGUGGGAUGCUUUUAUAAGUUGAUUGCUAAAGUCUUGGCUUCCAGGUUGAGAAAGGUUUUGGAUGGUGUCAUCUCUGAUUCUCAUAAUGUUUUUGUGGGAGGUAGACAGAUUUUGGAUUCAGUCCUUAUUGCUAGUGAAUGUGUGGACUCCCGAUUGAGUUGUAGGUCUCGGGUGUUUUAUGCAAGCUGGAUAUUGAGAAGGCAUAUGAUCAUGGAUGUUGUUAGUCAGCUGGAGGUCUCCCACUUGAUGUUUGCUGAUGACACUCUGGUACUUUGUGAUGUUGAUGCGUCUCAAACGAGGUAUUUGAGAUGUGUUUUGAUUUGGUUCCAAGUUGUCUCUGGCCUCAAGGUGAAUAUUGGUAAGAGUGUUCUUGUGCUUGUUGGGGAUGUUCCUGAGAUCAAGAUGUUUGCUCAGAUUCUUGGUUGUUGUACUGGUUUUUUUUCCCAUUUCCUACUUAGGGUUGCCUUUGGGAGCCCCUUCGAGAUGUGUGGGGAGCUGGGAUCCUGUUGUGGAUAG